UGGUGUUCAUACUUUGCAAGCGUCUGGGAGAUUACGGUUAAUGUAAACAUUGAAAGAAAAUGUCAUCGGAUAAAGAAGUCGCCAGUGAUAAAGAUGGUGUCAAGGGCAAGGAUGAAGUUGGAGCAGAUGCGGCAUCAGGGGCCGAAGCUGCAGAGGACAAGAGUGAAAAAAAGCCAAGUCUUCUGGAACAGACAACAUCAAACCAAUCCACAGCUGAAUGGCUGACAGAAUGUAUGAAGAAAUCUAUGAACAUCAGUGAUGAACCGAAGCCAGAGAGUGUCCUAGAUGAAGUCAGUUUUGAAGGCAUUGCUAGAUAUUUUAAAAGUGACAAGUGCAAGAAUAUUGUUACCAUGGCUGGUGCAGGAAUAUCAACAUCUGCUGGUAUUCCUGACUUUAGAUCACCAGGUAGUGGAUUGUACGACAACCUGCAGAAAUAUAAUCUACCACAUCCUCAGGCCAUCUUUGAUAUAGGUUUUUUCCAUGAAAAUCCGGAACCAUUUUUCACAUUGUGCAAAGACCUAUUUCCAGAAUCGUACAAGCCGACACCUUGUCAUUACUUUAUCAAGCUUCUAGAGAAGAAGAACAAGCUAAUGAGACAUUUUACACAGAACAUUGAUACACUAGAGCGAGUUGCGGGACUUAGUGAUGAUAAGAAUGUAGAGGCGCAUGGUUCCUUUAACACCGGGCAUUGUCUCGAGUGUAGCGAUGAAUAUUCACUAGAAUGGAUGAAAGAACAGAUAUUUAGUAAAUCAACAGAGACAGUUGUGCCAAAGUGUAUAAAAGAGGACUGUGAUGGUGUUGUUAAACCAGACAUUGUAUUUUUUGGAGAGAGUUUACCACAGAAAUUUGCACAGAAUGCUUCAGAUUUAGACAGGUGUGAUUGUCUGAUAGUUAUGGGAACAUCAUUGGUUGUACAGCCAUUUGCUUCACUUACAUCAAGAACAAAAGAAACAACACCACGUUUGUACAUAAAUCUUGAAAAUACCUCUGCAGGGUCAGGUGAUUUUAUGUCAAUGAUGUUUUUUGGAGGCGGUGGUUUUGAUUUUGACAAGGAGGACAAUAUCAGAGAUGUGUUCUGGCAAGGUACAUGUGAUGAUGGGUGCUACGCUUUAGCUGAUCUACUAGGAUGGGGUGUAAGUUAUGCUGCUUUAUUUAUACCAGCAUUAUAUUUCUCAGAUUUUCCUCUUGUGACUAAAGGGUUGUCUUUAAGGGUAGAGGCAUCAGAAUUGUAG